GGUCAAGGGAGGGGGAGGGAGACAGGCUGAGCUGAUCCCACGUGUGACGCUUGCAUUCCCGGCUCAGUAAUAUUCUCUUUAGCGGGCUUCGGGUGUAGCGUUGUGUCUGUGUGUGUUCGUUAGUUACUGGCUAUAGUCGGGUUAGCUAUGGAGGGAGACGGGAGCCAAGCCACCUCUGGAGGAAGCCCUAAUGAUUCGCAACACGACCCGGGUAAAAUGUUUAUCGGUGGCCUCAGCUGGCAAACUUCACCAGACAGCCUUAGAGACUAUUUUAGUAAAUUCGGGGAAAUCAGAGAAUGUAUGGUGAUGAGAGAUCCAACGACAAAACGCUCCAGGGGCUUUGGCUUCGUUACUUACGCAGAUGCUGCCAGUGUAGAUAAAGUCUUAGCUCAGCCACAUCACGAAUUAGACUCAAAAACGAUCGAUCCUAAAGUUGCCUUCCCUAGACGUGCCCAACCCAAGAUGGUCACAAGAACAAAGAAAAUAUUCGUGGGAGGAUUAUCAGCAAACACAGUAGUUGAAGAUGUGAAGCAGUAUUUUGAACAGUUUGGCAAGGUAGAGGACGCCAUGCUCAUGUUUGACAAAACGACAAACAGACACCGAGGUUUCGGCUUUGUAACUUUCGAGGUUGAGGACGUUGUGGAGAAAGUAUGCGAGAUCCACUUUCAUGAAAUCAAUAAUAAAAUGGUAGAAUGCAAGAAGGCCCAGCCGAAGGAGGUGAUGUUCCCACCGGGUACGCGGGGCAGGGCCAGGGGCCUGCCUUACACCAUGGACGCCUUCAUGCUGGGCAUGGGCAUGCUCAGUUACCCAAACAUUGUAGCAACGUACGGACGUGGAUACACUGGAUUUACCCCGAGCUACAGCUACCAAUUCCCUGGAUUCCCGGCGACGGCGUACGGUCCGGUGGCGGCGGCGGCGGUGGCGGCAGCACGUGGCUCAGGUAGGGGGGCCAGGGGAAGAGGCGGCUACAUGGCGUACCAGCAGAACGCGGGGGCAGGGUUCCCAGACUAUGGGUUCUAUUCCGGGGCCGGGGCCAGUGACCUGCGGGGGCCUCCUUGCUCCUUUGCCGACUAUGGCUCCCUGGGGCCCCAGGCUGCUCAGAUGCUGCAGCACAGUGAGCAUCAUGCCACCUCCGCCUGCAACUCCCCCCUCCAGCACCACCUGCAGCACAGCCCGGAUCCCUUUAAGAGCCCAGGCACCAACCCGCCACGGCCCGGAGCCUUCCCCGGCGCCAACAGUCCCGGGCCUGUGGCUGACCUCUAUGGCACUCCCAGCCAGGACUCCGGCGUGGGCAACUACAUUAGUGCUGCUAGCCCCCAGCCAGGCUCUGGCUUCGGCCACAGCAUUGCUCAGAGUAUUUCAGGAGGCCCGGGGAAGACAGGGCGGAGUUUUUAACUGGCUAUGUGAACAGGUGAUGCUAUCCAAUGCCAAGCACUACAGCGUCAACCCAUAAUGAGGAUAUUGGAGGAGGUGGCACCACGUGAAGAUGAACUGAGGAAAAUGUCAAUAUCAUCUCAGAAAAAAGAAACCACAAUCUGCUGUACUAUAAUCGAAACCUGUCUAUCACAUCCUUUAUAUCUAAUUGUAACCCAGUACGUUUGUGUACGAUUUAGGUGUUAUUUCCUUUGUAAUUUUAUUUGAUUUUCAGUUGGUUUUGUUUCUUUUUUUUCUUUUCUUUUUUUGUGUAGUCUUCAAAUUAAUAAGGGAAGAUUGAUUCUAGUUUUAACUUAGUAUUACAUCAUUGCAUAUUUUUUGAUCUUCUAAAAAAUGACUAUUUACACAAACCGGCUUAUUUCUCUAUUCUUUUUUGAGGUAACUUUGUUGCUAUGGGUGUUUGGUUUUAUCCUUGGUAAUGGAAACACUUUCAGGUGUCAGUUUGCACAUACAAGAAAACUGACAUGAACUGAUUAGGCUUAAAGAAAUGUUUUGUUAAGGCAAGUUAAAAGAGAGGGUAACUAAUACAUCUGAGUAGCUUUUUUGUUGUUAAUUAUCUAUUUUGGGCAAUAAGAGGACUACAAUAUUUUCACAGUCCUUUUUUACAAAUGUUUUUGUUGUCAGGAAAAAAGAAAAACCUUUCCUUUUAAUACUUUGUGAAAUUAAAAAAUAUAUGUGUAAAUACUAUUCCAGUCACAGCAUAUAAUCGUUUCAGAGAGAUCACCAUAUUUUUGUGAUGGUUCAUCAUAAAGGAUGUACUGUGCAAGAGCGCAAAGUUUCAAAGUUGAGGACGUUUAAUGCUCUGUCGUAUAAUAAUCCAUUUGUAGCACAAAAUGCCAUGAUAACCCCAUUGAGGACUUGAUCCUACAAGAACACUGUUGGCUUGCUUUGUAAAUACUGUUGGCUUUCUUAUUGUGCUAAUGCCAUACCAGCAUACUGUACUGUCUUCUGAAUCUACAUGGUGAGCUCAAAAGCGCACAGCUUCUAAAAGAUAACACAAGGUUAACACUGGACAUUUCUACACAAUUUCUCUUACAGAGGAUACCGGCAUAACUUCUUCUUGAUACUCGCAAGUGAAAGGCUACUGUAUCUGUCACUGCGAUUUUUUAAGCCAAUAUUAUACAUACAAAAAAGAACAUGAUUAAAAAUCCAAAGCACACUUUUACUUUGUAUCCGUGUGAAAAUACAAGAUGUUGACAACGAGUGUCCAGAGACAUUUCAUACCAAUCUGCACGUGUUGAUGUUUCAUUUUGAUUGUCUUUCUGUUUUUUGUUUUUUCCAUAAAUAUAGCUCCUGCUUUUAAUGUGGCAGACAAUAUUUUAAGGCAGAUAUGUUUUAAGUUGUUGAGAUGUUUUUUGAACUGACUUGGAAGGCAAAACAUCUAUCAUUACCUCAGUCCUGUGAGUUUUGUCUUAGAAGAGAUGACAUAUGAAUUUUUGAGGCUUAAACAGAUUGACAUUAUGAAUAGAACAAGUUGUUGCACUGUGACUAGAACGAAGAAAAGUAACCCUAUUCUAUUUGCACAUUGAAGUGUUGGAUAUUUAAAGUGGUCUUGAUCAGAUGAUAUAUGAAGGAUUCUUUUUUAUUGCUUUUUAUCCUUUUAGAUAUUAUAUUGAUGGUUGCAAUUGGGGGGGGGGGGGGUGUUAUAAAUAAGUACAAAAUAAUCAAUUGAUGGGAGCAUUUAGACCUAGCCAAAUAAAGAAUUUGAAAAAAGGGAAGAUUGUUAACUGAAGUCACUAAAGCAAUUUCCUGCAGUCAGGGAUGGGAUAUGUUUAGAUGGAGAAAAGUUUCAAAUUAUAUUGGAUUUAUUAUUUAUUGGAUUAAGGUACUCAGUAAACUGCAGGUUUUUUGUCAUUUCACUCAACAACCAGGUGAAGCAGAAUGCUGGAUUCUUUUUAAAUAAAGUUGGGACUUGAUGAAGUCAUAAUUGAAUUAACAAAACAGAAAAAUAUGUGUAUAUUACCCAAAACAGUGAAAAAAAUGUUCCCUUGAAUGAUUUACAUUUUUAAUCAGACGGAUUUGUAUAAAUAUUUUUGUGGUUGUUAAUGAUUAUAUUAAUUAUACUAACAAUAUAAUUAUAAUAUACUGUCCAUCCAUCUGACUCUUUCUCCAUUCCCUGUCACCUUAUACAGUAAUCUUAUGUUGAUCAUCAAUGUAUUUCAAUAAUGUGUGAAGAAAAAAAAGAAAACUGCAAAUGACCUUGUAACAGAGUGCCGUCUUUGAUGCCAGUGUAGUGGUCUAUACACUUAUUUGUUGAUCCCUCUUUCUUACCCUCCGUUUCACUCUCCCGAUGUUUCACUCUCUCUGUCUCACUCUCUCCUAGUAUUAGUGGUAGAUGUUAUGUAGUAAAAAAUAAGAUGUAGAUAUUAGCAGGUUUAGGACCAGUAAGGAUAGAACUUUAUCUUAUUAAUUACCAUAGUUAUACAAAAAAUGCUUACAUUUGUGUCAAUAGCAUUUUUGAAUUUAUUGUUUGUUUUAUGUUUAACUUAUAUCACAUGGUUUCAACUAACCAAAGCUCUCAUUGAAGACAUUUAUAGCAGUAAUUGCUAUAACACCGAAUCGUAAACAAGGCAUUGAUUGGAUCCCCACCCUUGAAUGUUUAAAAAGGGGUGUGCCAUACUACCUUAAAAGCUAAUGCUAGAUAUGCAAAAUCAUUUUAUUUGUUAUUGUUUCUCAAGAGCAACACAAAAUAUUAUUAUGGAUUUUAUUACAUAAAUGGAUAAAUAUUUUUAGACAGUUAAAAUAAUGACAAUAAUGGGAAUAAUCAUGACUAUUAUAUCUAAGCCCAUUUUGUUUUAUACUAUUACAAAAUAUCCCAAUGGCCCAUGGCACUAUUUGUCUACUUGGAUUCAUUGAUAGGUUCGUUUAAGUUCAUUAUCAACAUUUGAGAACUCUGAAGGAUUUUUGUAUUCUUGAAAUAUUGGAACUAGCUUAUUUUACUUUAAUCAAAGCCAGGGUUUCAUGAAACCUUUACAUUGUAGAUUAAUUCAUACUCCUGCCCUCAAGCGGCUUGGUCUUCUUAUAGUCUGCUCAUUGAAAUGGUAGCCAUAUGAUACACUCUGGUUGGUGUGGUCAUUCACACUGUCCAAUAACUUAACUGUUAAGACCAUCCUGCUCAAAGUAUAAGUAACACUAAGGUUCAUUUUUAUUGAAGUUAAUCAUUGAACCACAGAGAGUUAGAGUAGGAUAGGAUUUGCUUAAUUCUCAAGACUGAGAACAAAUGUUCAAAUGUGUUGGUGAACGUAAGAUUAUUACCGCAGUAUGUCCCCGGAUAGAGCCAGACUACAACCGUCUGUAAUAUGUCAUGAGAUGCUGUCUCCAUUUUAAACAUCUACCAAUAUUACUACACCUGGUGAACCAUUUGAUUAAAGUAAUAUUUGAUUGGCUAUCCUUUCUGAACAGUUGAUACUAUUAUUAGAAUUCAUUUUUUUAUAUAUUUUUACAUUUGAUCUCAUAGCUUGGACUUUAAGGUAGCAUGGCUCUGUAGUUGCUGUACUUUUCUUUCACAUUGACAGCAGUUUACAGCUGAUGAAUGUUACACAUCUUGCUAGACUAGUUAAUCAUUGGAUAAUUGUUGGUUUAAAAAAAGAAAAAAGAAAAAAACGACCUGGAAGGCGUUUGGGAAUAUAUUGGGAGUGUACUACCGUAUCCAUUUAAACUUGAAUCUUGAGGCAAGUGCUAGGCAAUGGCCAAACAAUCAUCCCAUCACUGAAUUAACUGACAAUGCACACACGCAUACCUACUGUAAUUACAAGUAUAUCAUGCAUUUUUAUUUACACACAUUUAGGAUAUAUUAAUGCUUUUGUCUAUUUGUUGAACCUGAACUCUCGUUUCAGAUCAAAACCUACAACUAAUAUAUUAGGGUAUAAAUAUUCUAAAGCAUUAUUUCCAGCUGUCACUUGUCUGUCAGUGAGUACGAUGGCAUGGGCUAUUGCUAGCAGAGAGACAGAGUGUGUGUACAGUAGGUUUAGGGAAGCGGUACAGUCAUUAGAAGUCCUGUGUGUCUCUGUGGACACUCGUCCUACGUUUGACCUUACCUUAGCAGAGACUUUUCUUCCCAUGCUCCCUCUUGAGUUCGUUCUCUCUGAUUGCCUUGCCCAUUCCUAACACUUGCCCAUUUUUUAAUGUUAACGGACUUUUUACCACGAGAGCUGACUGAACGGACUGACGUCUGAAAGCAUCUUUCAGGUCUUCUUGUAUGGCUUGCUUAAGCCCUGUUGUAAAAUAAACUAAAGUGGAUGGGGGUCUCUCACAUCUCAGAUGUGGAAAGUAUAAUUUUAUAUUUGUAUUUUCAAAUAAUGAUAAUAAUAAAAAUGUUUGUGAAAGGUUUCCAUCCUCUACUGUGGUCCAGAAAUCAACGUGUUUGUCUGGAAAAAAAAAUAAAAUACUGUUUUGAACCAUU